AAUAGUCUCGUCGUGAAUAACUAGACAGGAAAAUAAACAAAGGGAAGUAUGAUAGGGCAGUGACGCAUUCACAUUCGUCUAUCGGAGCAUCAUUCAAAUUUCCCUCGUGCCGCUGGAGCCGGAAAGUCUGCCAGCCGGUGUGCAAUCGUUACCGAGCCGAGUCGGUCCGCAGCCGCGGACAUGCGCACUGGCGCCGCCCGAGCGAGACGCGACCUGGAGGGAAGUGAGGAGGAACGUUGCGAGCGCUAGCCAGCGAGAGGCCGCCGUUCCGCACCGCCCGCAGUCCCUCCGCCGCGCCGCUCUGCGAGCGACACGCUAACCGCAUCAUGGUGAUGGACAACCGAAUGUUGGAAGAAAAUAAAAAUGAAAACUCGGCAAUAUUCAUCACAAAUUUUGAAAAUGGAGACGUCAUAAACUACUCGCUCGCUAUCAUCAAAGGAAUUAUAACAUCCGGUGACUGCAGCAAUCACAAGAAAUUAAAGUGCACAUUCAGAAACAAUGAUACACAAAAAUAUAGUCAAUGGGAUGUUUACAAUAGGGAAUUUAAGGUAUUGGUGGAGUUAAAGAAAGGAGACAAUGUUAUUGAUUUGGAAUAUGCUGAACGGCAUCACAAGACUCUAUUCCUAAAUUAUACUCCGCGGAAAACUAAUCUGAGAGUUACUCCUUUAUACAUUGUUUGCCAAGGUCACGAUGGUUGCUUUCAAAGUCCGCCCGAUGUAGAUAACUCAAUUGAGAGUGGGUGCUCACGAGUGGCAGUCGGAUCUAAAUUAAUUCAGAGUCUAACUGCCGAAAAAUUGUAUGAAAGUGGCGUUGGACGGAAAACAUUUCAAUUGGAACAUGAAGUAAACCCCAGGAAACCUGAAUGUAUAGUAUUUAAAAGUAAUUUGAAUGUAAACAAAGCGAGAAAGAUGAAACAAGGAGAAUUAUGGACCCAUUUUGGCAGAGAAAUAAUGCUAUCAGAUCUCGGUAGUAAUGAACGAAAGUAUUUAGCAUUCAUUUCCUGUACACGAUAUAAAGGUACUGAUAUUGACAAGCCAAUGACUCACGAUGAAAUCGUUGCAUUGACUGAAGCCUAUGCAGCUUUAGGUGGCGGUGGCUUAGCACUUUUCGGCACCGCAUGUUUGUAUACAUGGCCCACGUGCGUCGAAGAAGUUGUACCAAAAUUUUUAGACAGCACGCCUGUAAACGUACGUAGAUUUAUGGAUGACAGUGGAUACAGAAAUACAUUAGGAGGAUGUUUCGCAACCACUUUAGGGUCUGUCUUCCAUGAACUUGGGCAUACAUUCGAUCUUGGCCAUACCAAAGACGGUAUAAUGGGAAGAGGUUUUGACAAUAUCGAUCGUGUGUUCUUAGUUGGAGAAAAAAGAUCUAUGCUAACAAAAGACAAUAUGAAUAAUUUUAACGGUAAACAAGUACAACAUUCCACAGUUUCUCUACAACGUAACAUAAAUGUUACGAUGAAUGUAGCGGAGCCUCUACGUGUUUUGGGACCACGAAGCAAAACAACUCUCGGUAACUUUGCGUCCAUGUCGAAAUCGGACAUUGUAAGAAGGAGUCCUAAUGUUACACCAAUAACAAGACCAUCGAGCCUAUAUUCCAGUGUAACGAAUAAGCUAUCCGAGUCACGCAAAAAUAUGAACAAGUCGAAUGGAAAUGACUCGAUUUAUUGGACUCGGAAUUGUGCAGUUUUACUGUCGUACCAUAGAUGGUUUAAUAACGAAUUCGGUAGAGAAAGACAAGCCAUUACGAGAUACCUUAAAUUUGAUAAAAAUAGAAUGAUGAUUAUUUCAACAGCCGGCAUAAGAAUAGUUGAAGUCAGAGAUGAAUCGAAUGGGAUGGUGCUAGAUUCGUACGAAUUUACGAAUCUUUUGCCAGAAAAACGAUUUUUAGUGCCAUUUACAUUUUCCCCAAAAAGUAAAGUUUUAACAAUUGUGGUGGAAGAUGAUCUGGGGAACGUGCUUAAACAAACGUUUUCGUACUGAACUCUAAAAGUGAUAAAAGACAAUAAAAGUGGUAAAAUAGCAUCAUAAACAUUAUCACAAGUUUACUUUAACAUGUUUCAGUUAAGAACUUCAAUUUAAUAUUAGCCAUGAAAAAUGUAUAACGCUUUCUAGCUAACAAAAUUU